AUGGGCGGAGAAAUCACCCUCGAUGGAGCGAUUGCGCUUCUGUCGUCGGGCAAGCCCAAGGAUCGCACAAAUGGCUUAGCUGAUUUGAAACAUAUUCUCCAGAAGAAUAAACAGAGCUCGAAACUGCAAUCUAUGACCGACAAAGCCUGCCACAAGGUCUUUGAAUCACUAUUCCGGCUCAUCUCUACCGAGAAAUCGCUGUAUAACCGGGCGGCUUCUGAAGAUGCUUCUAAAAAAGUCGCCUCCCGCCUAUCCGCCUGUGCCUCUGUCGUUCGCACGGCUGUUGAGACCUUCCUGCGUAAUCUGCGUACUAAAUCAGUGCGCGCCCUUAUUGACCAUAUCACCGACGUCUUGGUCAGUCCGGGUAGUGCGGUGUUCGAGCUUUUCAGCGUCGACUACACAAAGUGUCUAAGUACAAUUCUGCAUUAUCCUCCGCAUGUUGAGCAUUUGGGAGCCGAGGAGUGGAAGACUGUCAUUGACUUCUGCUUGAACGUGAUUAAUGCAUCAAACGGUGAUGACAGCCAACCAAGCACAUGGAGUCCACACACGUCCAUUAUGGACGACUACCUGGGAGCCAGUGGUGGCCGAUCGACACCAUCUAGAAUGACACCCACAUUGGCCGUUAGAGAAAAAUCUAAAGGGCCUACUGGUGCUGUCGAAGAGGCUUUCACAUGCAUCAGGAUACUCUCAGGGGUCUCCAAUGCGCCUCUCCAAGAGCAUGCAGAGGAUAUACUACGGGGGUUGACGAAAUACGUAGGCUCGUCUCCACUUGCGGCAAAUGGCCAUCAAACGGCCUUUGGUGCUAUCAACACCGUGGCGAUGCGCAUAAUCUUCGAUAACUCAGAAGUCAUUCGAGACACCUUAAUGGACCUACUCCCAGUAAUUCGGAAACAUUGGAUCACCAAGCUCAUAGGUCUGAGGGACGAAUUACUUGUCACCAUGAUGAUGGUUGUGCUGGUUCUGACCGAUGAGAGCCGAAGAAACCCAGAAGAGACCCUGUUAGCUGCCAUUGAUGGACUUAUCGACACCUUACAACGCGAGUACUUUAGACGUCCCGAGAAGGACAUUCUUCAGGUUGACGAGUUGGUCUUUGAUACCAAAGCCCCUGGUCAGCAUACUAUGUGGCCGAGGCUGGAGAGUGCCAGGUCUGAGCACAACUGGACGGUGUUAUGGGUUAUGGCAAGGUUGCUAGAGUUGUCCGAGGAGCUGGCCACGCGGUUGUCAUCGCCUCCCCCUGCCGAGGACGAAACCCCGAGUAAGAAGCAGCGCCUUACCUCAAAGAUAGAUGAUGUUUUUCGCGACUCCGCAGGGCCCUUUGGCAUUAGAAGAAUAUGUGCUUUGCAACUGGUUCCUUUCCUCCCCAACCACUACGCCUCUGUCGACUCAAAGGCGGCUUCGUUGGAACGAUUGAUUCCCAACAUAUAUGACGACAAUGCUACGACGUCAUCCUGGACAAUGAUUGCUAUCGCAAGUAUCGCGGCCAGUCCCGAGGCAGAUGCGCCGUCUUUAAAGCGAUAUUGGCAGCAAGCUUGGGAAUUGACGUCUCGCGCAUCUACUUCACAGCUUACCUCCAGAGCUGCUUGUCAUUUACAGAACAGUAUCCUCCAUUAUGGUCUUCUAGACUAUUCCACCGUGGCAGAGACGAUAAAUUCGAUGCUCUCAUUUGUCAACUUGAACGGGCCGUCAACACUGUCGGACUCGUCUCUUGAGUUAUGGGCGAGCGUUAUCAGGAUGAUAGCCCAGAUUAAUCCAGGUUCCGUCUCAAACGCCUCUGCCCAGAUCUGCGCGUGGCUCAGGGAUGCAUGGUCUAUUGGAACCGUAACCGACCGGACACAGACAUCACAGGUCGCAGUAUUUGCGCGCCCUUUGGAUGUCUUGAACUUGAUCUUGGCUUGUACCAACAGGCCUUUUAGCUUGCCUAGGACUUUAUAUAAAGGGCCAGCAGGGGUCGUCGCAAGGUGCUGGUACUUUUACCACAGUAACAAGCAGAUUUGGCGCUAUCUCUUUGAUAUACACGACGUGGUAGAUCUCUACGAUAUCUGGGAUGUUGAAGCGACGGUUUGUCUCGAAAGGUUUACGCAGCCAGAUCCCAAUGACCUGAGUAUUCUCGACUUGUUGCAAGCAAAAUCAGAACACUUCCUUCACUCUUGGAAAUCACUAUCCGAGGACAAGUCACGCCAUGUUACACCAGAAAUUGUGCAGAUCCUUACAUCCUUCUGCAUUACCGUUGCUGUCUAUACGUCCUGCCUGCCCGAGCAGCCAGAUUCUCGGUUACAGACCUUGCUCUCAAACAGUCGUCGUAUGUGGGAGAGCGUCUGCUCUUUCUUGGCUUCACGCGAAUCUGCUUUUGUGCUCUCUAGCUUAUUGCUACUUCCUCCUUUUCUUCCUUUGGACUCAAGCUUCUCCAAACCAACAACUGCCGUCCACAAAGCUCUCUACGGAUUGGUCGUUCCCUUGAGUAAAGUUCUCGAGAGCCAAAGACAGUCCCAGAGAAAAAGAUCAUCAGCCAGUACCGAGGAGACCAUGGAUUUGGAUGACCAAUUUAUGGAAUCAACUGACCAGCUCGAAGAAAUGUCAAGCAUGAUAUCGACAAACCGAAGAGAUGUCCCACUGUUGCAAGACUCUGCGAGCUUCCAGCGCUACAUGACUGUCCUUGUUUCCAUCUACGAGAGGGCAUAUUUACAACAUUCUGACUCGCAGCAGCCAGAUGGUGUGACUUUGCAUCAGUAUCUGAACGAUCUCGACGAAGUUGAUCUUCUGGCUGCGCAUGAGCUUCUGCCUUAUGUCUAUAGAUCAUGCGCAGAAAUGGACCGAGAAUCCCUACUUGGGCUACUCGAAGAGUUGGGCGAAAAGUGUCUUCAGUCAUACGAGUUGGAGCGCUGUGAAAAUUCACACUUACUUUGUAUUUACAUGAUGAGCAGCCUUGCUAGUUCGUGGACCAGCGAGAUUCAGGACAACCUCAGCGACUCGGCCGCGGAUAUCUAUACCUGGUUCACGGAAGUCUGCUUAAAAAAAGGGAGGACGUCAUCGUCCGUCCUUAUUGCAUUCGCAAAACUUCUGGGAAAUAUCAUGAGCCUGAAUCCUGCCUACUCAAGUGGUCAGUCAAGCCCGUCUCCAAGGACAACCCUCCUCAAGAUCAUCAAAGAAGGCGAUGUGCUGGUCAAAUUCAAUGCGGGUAGCCUGUUUCCAGAGUUAUUCGGACAAUUUCUUCUCAAAGACCACGAUGCUAUAUUCAAUGACGUUCUUGAGUGUUUGCCAAGCGAUCGUGGCUGGGAAGAAGGAAUCGCCGUUCGUUUGUUUCUGCUCGCCCAGCUUGCGUCGAAAUGGCACACGUUGCUUCGAAGAAGCAUUUACCACAUCGUUGAGACCCCGGCUGAGGUGCCCAACUCUUUAUGGUACGCCGAGAAAUGUCUACGCAAUGUUUCGGAUGCGCUUGGGCUCCAAGGCGCCAAAGAGAUAUUUCGGCUUUUCUCUUCGCAGAUUCUGUUCACGUGGACCGAAACACGAUCGGUAACCUCCAUGCCCUUCAGCAUAUUUGGAUAUGCUAGUCUUGAGGACAUGCUGUGCGAUGCUCAGGACGAGAUUGUCGGACAGGUAAUGAUGCGUGCUGCUGAAAGUGAUGCUGCGGAGCUCUCAAAGAUCAUGGGCCGGCCCUUUGUCGAGCUCCUGACAGACUCCUUCUACAAAGCAGAAGCGUACACAAUAGCCCAUGACAUAAGUACUCCUCCUGGACAGGGUAGUCAGCCGAAGGGUGUAGAGAAUCGACUCAAGAAGAUUCUAGGUGCAGAUACGUUCGUGAAACUUAUUGAGGCGCAAUUUCCACAAAUCAUCGCCACAUUUUUCGGUUCACUCGAUCUAUAUGAGCAAGUGGAAAAGGCGUUCUCAAAACGAGAAAGCUUCGGCGAAGCGCUUGAGACCUUCAGGAGCAUUAGUAGCAAGUGCUCUGUGACGACCGUGCUGCCGGCAAAUCAACGACCGUCGUUCAGAGCGCGGUAUCUACUCGACGAACUGGAGUUUCUGUGCAAACGAAGUGGAUACGAGCUUGAGACUAUCUGGACUCCUACCCUAGCAUCUUACGUCUGUCGAACACUUUUGGAGUCAAUCCACCCCGCUCUGGGCUCCUUGCAUGCUUGUUCCGUGCUACGCAAGAUCAAGAUCUUGAUAUGUGUGGCGGGGCCCGUGAUGCUGAGUGACUACCCGUUUGAGAUGAUUAUCCAUGGGCUUCAGCCUUUUAUUGUGGAUAUAUCUUGUUCUGAGGAUGCACUCGCCAUCUUCUAUUAUUUGUUGGAAACCGGAAAGCCAUAUCUGACUAAGAGACCAGGUCUGAUGGCUGGCUUUGCCGUCUCGACCAAGCUGUUGCUGCGCAGGUUUGGGGCAUCCCUGCCCGAAAGCGCUCUGCAGGAAAAUCAGUUACAAAACGUGAUAGUAUGCCUUAGAGCAUUUAGUGAGUGGUUUUCUGAGUAUGUCGACUCCUACGCUCCGGCUUCAAGUGAGGAGUCGUCCGAGCCUUAUUGGCGAUUUGCCAAUUCCUUCUCCCUCGCUUCGACUGAAAAUGACCUCUUGCUCGAAGUACUCAAGGACCGCCAGUCAAAGGACAGUCUCCUGAGCGAACCUAUGUCUGAUCGUGUGCUUUCGUUGCUUUGCUCCACCCCAGAAGCUGCAGAUGAAUAUCUUCUUACUACCAUUGAACAGGACGAAGAUGCUAUAUCGUAUGCUAUCACUGUCAGUCAAACUCUUCGAGACUUUAACCCCGGCCCGGAGUACCGAUCAUGGGCAGCUAGAGUCCUUGGGAAAGCUUUUGCAGCUACCGGUAAGAUCAACGACGCUCUGUUGAGAGAACAGGAUCCUGAUCUGUUUCGCACUUCUUCAACUCAACCUGAUGAUAUUCUUUGUCGCUCUAAGGCAAGCAUCCUGGAAGUCCUUUGCAGUAUGCUGUUGAACAGCAGCCGACCUGGGUCAAUUGAGCGCACAUUGCAGCUUAUCGUUAGUAAUCUGCCCGGUUUCCCAGACUUCGAGCCCUGCUUGGGUAGCAUUCCUCCUCCUCUCAUGAAGGCACUCACCUGGAGUCCUUACUUAUGUCCGGAAAUAUCUUUAAACGCGGUAGAAGCGAAGGAACUAGACAGCAUACAAGGAUGGGACCUCGGCCUCUCAGCCCCCAUCUGGGCACGCAACAUUGGCCUCUUCCUAUCAAAAACAGUUGCGGUUGACCCGGUGAUUGGACCUUUAAGCAGCAUUUUGUACCUCAUUCCUGAUCUGGCAACCCGAAUAUUGCCCUACAUCCUGCACGAUGCUCUACUGGCGGAGAUUGGAGGCGAUGUGGAUGAUAUACGAGAGAGCAUAUCACAAAUCUUCAACGAAGCCUUGCAAGACACUGAAGAAAGGACUAUCCCUCACGCGCGGCUGAUUAUCAACUGCAUCCUCUAUCUUCGCAACCAACCCCAGCCGAAGGAGAAUACGAUCGUUGACCGUGAGAGCUGGUUGGAAAUCGAUUACGCGGUAGCUUCCUCAGCCGCCAGUAGAUGCCGGAUGCCAAAGACGGCUCUCCUGUUCCUGGAGGUCCAUGCAUCUCGCUCUACGACUGGUUCUCGCCGAUCAUCUGUCGUUAAGUACGAGCCUCCAGCAGGCCUACUGCAUGACAUAUUCAAGAGCAUCGACGACCCGGAUUUCUUUUACGGCAUAAAGCAGUCUUCUUCCUUGGAUUCCGUCAUGGAGACACUGGAGCACGAAAGUUCGGGUUUCAAGAAUCUUCUAUUCCAGAGCGCGCAAUACGAUAGUCAGGUUCAGAUGGCUGGCACUGGGAAUAGUUAUGGCGUUCUCAAAGCUCUCAACUCCACUAAUCUCCAGGGAAUCGCGAACUCUAUGCUCGGUGCGCGUGGAAGUUCCAGUGACACCGCGAUUCCAUUCGACAGUAUGCUCAAGGCUGCUACGAAUUUACGUCAGUGGGAUAUACCCGUUUCUCCAUUGAACACGUCACCUUCGGCAACGAUUUUCAGAGCAUUCCAAAGCAUAAAUACGCCGGGGCCAUUGGUUGACAUGUUGGCAUCUAUCGACGAAAGCUUCAAGACCAGCCUGACUCUGAUCGAUAGCGAUCGCCGGUCGGCGAAGUCUUUGCGCACUGCUAUGAGGACGCUGGGGGUUUUGACCGAAAUUGAGGAGGUUCUCAAUUCAAAAUCAGCCACUGAACUUGAUCAGAAAUGGACGAAGAUGUCACGGAGGAUCUCCUGGCUAAAAAACACUGACGUCCAGGAGAUUGGCGAGAUCCUGAACUCACAUGAGACCCUGUUCUCUUCCAUAAAGCAGAAAGACUAUCUCAAGUCUUCAUUGAAUGUGACCGACAAUUCUGCGCAACUGCUUGAAGUUCAGGUGAUUCGCCAGUCCCUACAAAUCGCCAGAGACCACGGAAUCGCUCAGGCUUCACUAAAGUCGGCGGUUUAUCUGUCGAAACUUGCGGAUCAGAGCAUCUCCUUGGGACUCAAUGUGGAAGGCGUGGCUAAAUUCGACUUAGCCAAUGUGCUAUGGGAUCAGGGUGAAAUGGCGCCUUCAAUCCAGAUGCUCCAGCAGUUAAGGGAGAGGAACGACCUUCACAAACAACAUAUUCCAUUUAGUCGUGCGGAGCUUCUAGUUACCCUAGGCCAUCAUAUUGCCGAAGCCCGAUUGGAGAAGCCAGAGGCUAUUAUCCAGAACUACCUGACACCUGCAGUCAAAGAACUGAAGGGUCGCUCGGAGGGAGAAGACGCUGGACGAGUCUACCAUGGAUUUGCUAUGUUCUGUGACCAGCAGCUACAAAAUCCCGACGGGCUGGAAGACUUCAAACGCGUUGAGCAGCUUCGUGACCGCAAGGAAAAGGAAGUAUUGGCUCUCGAUGCGAUGCUCAGAUCAGCAGAAGGGAAAGAACGGGACAACCUCAAAUUCCAUCGGGCGAAGACGAAACAGUGGUUCGACCUAGAUGAUCGUGAGUACCAGCGUCUAAAGCGGAGCCGGGAAUCUUUCCUCCAGCAGUGCCUCGAGAAUUACCUCAUUUGCCUGAGGGAAAGCGAAGCAUAUAACAACGACGUGCUCCGCUUCUGCGCCCUCUGGCUCGCCCAAUCUCACAGUGAAAUCGCCAAUAGCGCGGUCUCAAAAUACCUUGCCGACGUCCCGAGUCGCAAAUUCGCCCCUCUAAUGAACCAGCUGACGUCGCGUCUCCUGGAUGUCCAAGAGGACUUUCAGGAUCUGCUGAAUGCCCUGAUUUUCCGGAUAUGCUGCGAGCAUCCGUUCCACGGGAUGUAUCAGAUAUUUGCGAGCAGCAAGUCUAGGGGCGGAAGAGACCAGUCGGCUCUGUCGCGCAAUCGAGCGGCCACGAAGCUGGCUGACUUUAUGAAAAGUGAUAGGAAUACAAGCUCUUUAUGGGUGGCACUUCACAACGCAAAUAUCAACUAUCAUCGGUUCGCUAUUGACCAGUUGGGCGACAAGGCCAAGAGCGGUGCAAAGGUUCCGUUGAAUAAACUGGCAACUGGCAUGCGCCUUGAGCAGGAUAUUGUCAAUCAACGACUACCUCCGCCGACUAUGAAGAUUGAUAUUCGCAUCGACUGCGACUAUCGUGAUGUGCCCAAGCUUACCAAGUACCUUCCCGAGUUCACGAUUGCGUCUGGUGUGAGCGCGCCUAAGAUUGUUACGGCCAUAGCCAGCAAUGGUGUACGAUAUAAGCAAUUGUUCAAAGGGGGCAAUGAUGAUCUGCGGCAGGACGCUAUCAUGGAGCAAGUAUUCGAACAAGUCAGCAGUCUUCUCAGAGACCAUCAAGCUACCAGGCAGCGGAAUCUGGGAAUCAGAGCCUACAAGGUGCUCCCCUUGACCUCUAACUCGGGUAUCAUUGAAUUUGUUCCGCAUACGAUACCACUUAAUGAUUUCCUGAUGCCCGCGCACCAAAGAUACUAUCCCAAAGAUAUGAAGCCCAAUGCCUGCCGCAAACACAUCGCCGAAGUACAGACGCGGUCGUUUGAGCAACGAGUUCGGACAUUCCGUCAGGUAACCGAGAAAUUCCACCCAGUGAUGCGCUACUUCUUCAUGGAGAAGUUCAACAAUCCAGAUGACUGGUUCGGGCGAAGACUAUCGUAUACCCAGAGCACCGCCGCAAUCUCAAUACUAGGACACGUUCUCGGCCUUGGAGAUCGCCACGGCCACAACAUUCUCCUAGACGAGCGAACAGGCGAAGUCGUACACAUUGAUUUGGGCGUCGCCUUCGAACAAGGACGCGUCCUGCCCGUUCCUGAAGUCGUUCCCUUCCGCCUGACGCGCGACCUGGUAGACGGGAUGGGGAUCGCCAAGACAGAGGGCGUCUUCCGGCGCUGCUGCGAAUUUACCCUUGAAGCGCUGCGCCAGGAAUCGUACAGCAUCAUGACGAUCCUCGACGUGCUGAGGUACGACCCGCUGUACAGCUGGACGGUGUCGCCGCUACGAAUGAGGAAGAUGCAAGAGCAGGACCCUGGCGAUGGGCCUCCUGUAUUACCUGGGUCAGCGGUCGAUCAACAACGGCCGACGAAUGAACCGAGCGAAGCGGAUCGAGCGCUGACUGUUGUUGCGAAGAAGCUGAGCAAGACGCUGAGCGUUACAGCGACGGUGAACGAAUUGAUACAGCAAGCGACAGACGAUAAAAACCUUGCUGUUUUAUACUGCGGCUGGGCCGCAUAUGCAUGA